CAGACCGCGGAGCGCCGCCGCUAGCGGGGAGCGAGCGCCUGCCGCGGGGCUCCGGGCGGCCGGAUGCGCGCCGAGGGCGGCGGGGCCCCGCGCUAGGCGCCCGGCGGGGGCGCCCCGAGGCUGCCAGACCCCGCGCGACCCUCACCUCCGCCGCCGCCUUCCGCGCGGGGGCCCGCUCCGGCAUGACUGUGGCCUCGAUCCCCCCUCCCGCGGGCAGCGCUUAGGGGGCGGCGAUCGGGGGCCCUUUAAGGACCCGCAGGCAUCACCCUGGGGGUCACUGCCUCGAGGGAGCCGCAGCCCGAGGCGCCUUCAGCGGGUCCCUCCCUUCAGCGAGGCCCCAGCAGAAGAAACCAUGAAAGUGAGGUCGGCCAGUGGUGACGGAAAUGCGUUGUGUGUUACAGAAGAGGAAAUGGCUGGUGAAGACGAGGACGCGCCGUCCUUCCCGUGCACACAGGAGGGCCAGCCGGGGCCCCGCUGCAGCCGCUGCCAGAAGAACCUGUCCUUGCACACGUCUGUGCGGAUUCUUUACCUCUUCCUGGCCCUGCUCCUGGUGGCCGUGGCCGUGCUGGCCUCUCUGGUUUUCAGGAAAGUUGACUCUCUCUCCGAAGACCUCUCCUUGGCCCAGUCCAUUUAUGACAAGAAGCUCGUGUCUAUGCAGGAAAACCUCCAAGGACUGGACCUGAAAGCCCUGAACAACUGCUCUUUCUGCCAUGAGGCUGGGCAGCUAGGGCAAGAGAUCAGAAAACUGCAGGAGGAGCUGGAGGGAAUUCAGAAGAUGCUUCUGGCCCAGGAGAUCCAGCUGGACCAGACCUCUCAGGCCCAUGAACUGCUCUCCACCACCAGCAGUCAGAUCACCCAGGAGAUGGGCAAUUGUUCCUUCUCCAUCCACCGGGUCAACCAGUCUCUGGGGCUCUUCCUGACCCAGGUGAGAGGCUGGCAGGCCACUACAGCCAGCCUGGACCUCUCUCUGAAGGACCUCACCCAAGAGUGCUACGACGUCAAGGCUGCAGUGCAGCAGAUCAACUUCACCGUGGGGCAGGCUUCAGAGUGGAUCCAUAGGAUCCAGAGGAAAACAGAUGAGGAGACCUUGACCCUACAGAAGAUUGUCACUGACUGGCAGAACUACUCCCGGCUCUUCAGCAGCCUGCGCACCACCUCAGCCAAGACCGGAGAGGUGGUCAAGAACAUCCAGACCACCCUGGGGGCCUCCUCACAGCGCAUCAGCCAGAAUUCUGAAAGCAUGCAUGACCUGGUGCUGCAGGUCAUGGGCUUGCAGCUGCAGCUGGAUAACAUCUCGUCCUUCCUGGACGACCACGAAGAGAACAUGCACGACCUGCAGUACCACACCAACUAUGCCCAGAACCGGACAGUGGAGAGGUUUGAGACACUGGAGGGACGCAUGGCUUCUCACGAGAUUGAGAUCAGCACCAUCUUCACCAACAUCAAUGCCACUGACAACCAUGUGCACAGCAUGCUUAAGUACCUGGAUGAUGUGCGGCUCUCCUGCACGCUGGGCUUCCACACGCAUGCCGAGGAGCUCUACUACCUGAACAAGUCGGUCUCCCUCAUGCUGGGCACUACGGACCUGCUCAGGGAGCGCUUCAGCCUGCUGAGCGCCCGACUAGACUUCAAUGUCCGCAACCUCUCCAUGAUCGUGGAGGAGAUGAAGGCAGUGGACACGCAGCACGGAGCAAUCCUUCGCAACGUCACUAUCCUACGAGGUGCCCCCGGCCCUCCAGGACCAAGAGGACUCAAGGGGGAUGCGGGUGUGAAAGGGCCAGUUGGCAGCAGAGGACCAAAAGGAGACCCCGGCAGCUUGGGCCCUCCAGGACCCCAGGGCCCUCAGGGGCAGCCUGGGGACACCGGACCUGAGGGGGAAAGGGGACCGGUUGGCCCACGAGGUUCCCCAGGCCUCAAAGGCUCCAAAGGCAGCUUGGGAGCUGGGGGGCCAAGAGGACAGCCAGGUCCCAAAGGGGAUGUGGGGCCCCCAGGGCCAGAGGGGCCCCCAGGGUCUGCAGGGCCCCCAGGGCCACAGGGAAAACCGGGCAUCGCAGGAAAGACAGGAUCACCAGGCCAGCUGGGGCCCAUGGGCCCGAAGGGGGAACCGGGGAUCCAGGGUCUCCCUGGCCUGCCCGGGCCCCCAGGCCCACCAGGGAGCCACAUCACCUACUGAGGAGAGACCCAGUCCAGGUGACUGCCUCACAGAAUGCCAGGAAGGGGAAUCAGAAAGUGCCCCAGGAAGUCUCACCUCGAGACUGUUAGGGUUCUUUGAUCCCAAUAGGGGUCCCCUCAGGGCUGACCCGACAGCUUCUGGCUCCCCAGUAGUGACAUAACAUAGGAAAGAAGCCCCCCAGCCACCCACUCACACAUGUACAUUUCCCUGCUGGCCGGGGGGCUGACUGGGGGCUCCCUGGCUGGGCAGGAGGAGAGGGCAGACGGACGCCCCGUCUCCUGUGACUGAGCCUGGCGGGGAGGUAGCUACCUCAGGAAGGUCUUGGAAUCUAUCUCUGAGUCAGCAACAACUCCAGCCUUUCCAGCCCGGGGCUCACAGCGGGUGAGAAGGCCUGGGAAAGCCUUGCCAGGGGGUUAUGGUCAAAGCUCUAGGGAUAAGUGGAUUUGGCAACCACAAGACCCUCCCCAUAAUCAUGGGAACAGAGUCCUCAGGGAGCUGCCCCCUGCUCCCAGAGGAUGGUGGGACUCCUCCUGGGUGAGACAAAUGCAAAAUUGUUUCACCCUUCUAGAAAACUCCUCGCUUCUUCCUGGCCUUAGCCUGUCAGGAGUAGCCUGAAAGGAAUCCAAAUGGAAAGCAGGAGAUUCAUCUGCACAGGGAGAAUAGCCAGACCCUGGAACGUUCUGCCGAGGUGGUGCUCAGCACCCAGGAAAGACCACGGCAGCGAGGGGGAGGGAGGGAGAGGUAAACGUGGAGGAGCUGCGCUCCCCGGGGCUCUUGGCACUGCCACCUGCCCUGCCCACAGGAGGCUGGCCUCUCUGAUUCCUGGGUGAGCUCCUCUGUGGCAGCUGGAGGAAGACCAGGCUGAAGGAGGGGCCCCUGAUGACAGCGGGGCUACCCCACCCACUCCCUGGGCUCUCCUGCCCCCAGUUGCACGCUGACCUCCCCCCACCAUGGCCCAGAAUGGCCUAAGCCCUCUGCCCGAUCAAGACCAGACUAGGAGUGACAAUGUCUCACUGUCCAAGGGCCCAAACAUCCUGAGCAUCCCCAAGAAGCUCACUCUGACAUCAUCCCCUGCCCCCCUUAAACUUCCUGCACACACUGGCAGACAGGAGUGCUGGGAAGUUCCCGACAGCAGGGUGAAGGCCUGGAAAUCCCUGCACCCAUAGGCUAACAUCCUGUAAAGCUGCCCUGCGUUUAUGUUCGAACAAAUUCAGGCUUGCAGGGGGGGUGGUACAGAGCUAUCUCCUCCCAAAUACUGACUACUCUGGGACAAACCCUUUUCUCCCAUACAAAAAGCCUUUUUUCCACCUCCUUCGUGGUAAGAGAUGUGCAACUGGUUUGCAUUACCCAAUCCCCCAAUGCCAUGUAAUUCUUCUAUCUACAUAAGAUAUCACACAGCUUAGUAUUACUGCCUCAAUAAAGAGCUGUUUCUAUGA